AAAAAUCAAUAUGGAAAGCGAGGUUUUCAGCCCUUUGCUGGAGCAGUUUAUGCUCACGCCUCUGGUCUGCUGGGUGAAGACAGUCGGGCAGGCGACUUUUACCGAUGGCACCCAAUUAUCGGAAUAUAUUGAAUUAGUGGAUGGGAUUUACCUCAACGAGAUAAUGCUUGAGAUAAAUCCUAAGGCCACGGUGCAGAGGACCAACAAGAAGGUGAACAAUGACCCCACACUGCGCAUCCAGAACCUCUCUAUUCUCAUCAGGCAGAUUAAAGACUACUAUCAGGAGACCCUCCAGCAGCUGGUGAUGAUGCCUUUACCAAACGUGCUGAUACUGGGCCGCAACCCUCUGUCUGAACAAGGUCUGGAGGAGAUGAAAAAAAUGUUGCUGCUGCUACUAGGCUGCGCAGUCCAGUGCGAGAAGAAGGAAGAGUACAUUGAGUGUAUCCAGACUCUGGACUUUGACACCAAAGCUGCCAUAGCAUCCCACAUCCAAGAGGUGACUCAUAAUCAGGAGAACGUAGUGGACCUGCAGUGGUUGGAAAGUGGGGAAAUGCCUCCUGAGGACCUGGACAGCCUCUCCAGAAACCUGGCUUUCCACCUCAAACGGCUGGUAGAUGACAGGGACACACAGCUGGAGACUAUCGUGGAGUUAACCCAGGAGAGAGACUGUGUGCAGCUGUCUCCACUGGCUCCCUGUCCGACCCAGUCUCCCGGUGACUCCCCCAGUAUGAGGAGGACCGAAAGCCGACAGCAUCUCUCUGUGGAGUUGGCUGAUGCCAAGGCCAAGAUCAGACGACUUCGACAGGAACUAGAGGAAAAGAGUGAGCAGCUUUUGGACACCAGGCAGGAGCUUGAGAACAUGGAAGUGGAGCUGAAGAGGCUUCAGCAAGAGAGCUACCAGUUGGUGUCGGACGCUCGAUCGGCGAGGGCCUACCGUGACGAGCUGGACGCACUCAGAGAGAAAGCGAUCCGCGUGGACAAACUGGAGAGCGAGCUGAGCCGAUACAAGGAGAGACUCCACGACAUCGAGUUCUACAAGGCCAGAGUCGAGGAGUUGAAGGAGGACAACCAGGUCCUGUUGGAGACUAAGAGCAUGUUGGAGGAGCAGCUGGAUGCGAGCCGGACCCGCUCCGACAAACUGCACCUCCUGGAGAAAGAGAGUCUGCAGAUCAAAUCCAAGAUCCAUGACCUGGAGAUGGAGCGAGACAUGGACCGUAAACGUAUGGAGGAGCUGAUGGAGGAGAACCUUGUGCUUGAGAUGGCCCAGAAACAGAGCAUGGACGAGUCCCUGCACCUCGGCUGGGAACUGGAGCAACUAUCCAAGACACCAGAACUGACGGAAGCCCCUCAGAAGUCUCUGGGUGAGGAGGUGAAUGAGCUGACCUCCAGCCGUCUGUUGAAGCUGGAGAAAGACAACCAGACCCUGCUGAAGACCGUGGAGGAGCUCAGAGGAGCAGCCAGUCAGGACACUGUGACCAAACUGACAAAAGUCAACCAGGAAAACCAGAGACUGAACCAGAAAUUGGAGCAUUUGGGGAGUGAACUGACAGCAGACAGAGAGGCGCUCCGCAGCGCUGAAUCCCUCAGUACUGACCUGAUGAAGGAGAAGGCUUUACUGGAGAAGACUCUGGAAACACUCAGAGAAAACUCUGAGAGACAGCUGAAGGGUCUGGAGCAGGAGAACAAGCACCUGAGCCAGACGGUGUCGUCUCUGCGCCAGCGCUGCCAGGUUGGUGCUGAGGCCCGGGUCAAGGAUGUGGAGAAAGAGAACCGCGUUCUCCACGAGUCCAUCUGCGAAACAACCGCCAAACUCAAUAAGAUUGAGUUUGAAAGGAAGCAGCUACGUAAGGAGCUUGAAGUGGUGAAGGAGAAAGGUGAGCGAGCUGAAGAGUUGGAGGUUCUGAUGCAGAAGCUGGAAAGGGACAACGAGAGUCUGCAGAAGAAAGUAGCCAGUCUGGGAAUCACCUGUGAAAAGGUGUCUUCUUUGGAGAAGGAGAACAUGGAUCUGGAAGCAGAAGGCCGUCGUCUGAAGAAGAAGCUGGACACUCUGAAGAACAUGGCCUUCCAGCUGGAGGCUCUGGAAAAGGAGAACUCCCAGCUGGAGCAUGAAAACCUGGAACUUCGGCGCUCGGCUGAGAGUCUGCGUUCAGCGGGCGCUAAGGCCGCUCAGCUGGAAGCCGAGAACAGGGAGCUGGAGAGCGAGAGGAGCCAGUUGAAGCGCAGCCUGGAACUGCUCAAAGCCUCGUCCAAAAAGACAGAGAGAUUAGAGAUGAGUUACCAGGGCCUAGAUACGGAGAACCAGCGGCUGCAGAAGGCGUUAGAGAACAGCAGCAAGAAGAUUCAACAGUUGGAGGUUGAGCUGCAAGAGGUGGAGACUGAGAAUCAAACCCUCCAACGCAACCUGGAGGAGCUCAAGAUCUCCAGUAAACGCCUGGAGCAGCUGGAGCAGGAGAACAAGAUUCUGGAGCAGGAAAGCUCCCAGCUGGAGAAAGACAAGAAACACCUGGAGAAGGAGAACAAGCGGCUGAGGCAGCAGGCCGAGAUCCGAGACUCCAAGCUGGACGACAACAACCAGCGGAUCUCCACCUUGGAGAAGGAGAAUCGGACCAUGGGCAAGGAGAUGAUCUUCUUCAGGGACUCCUGCACCAGAGUCAAAGACCUGGAGAGAGAGAACAAGGAGCUGGUCAAACUGAGCACCAUCGAUAAGAAGACCCUCAACACACUCAGAGAGGAGCUUGUGAGUGAGAAGCUGCGGACUCAGCAGAUGAAUAACGAUCUGGACAAACUGACCCAUGAGUUGGAGAAGAUUGGACUGAACAAAGAAAGGCUGCUGCAUGACGAGGGCUCCAGCGACAGGUUUAAGCUCCUGGAAACCCAACUGGAGUCGUCUCUGAAAUCAUCUUUGGAGAUUAAAGAGGAGAAGAUCGCCGCCCUAGAGGCCAGACUGCAGGAGUCCUCCAACCUCAACCAGCAACUACGCCAGGAGCUCAAGACGGUGAAGAAAAACUACGAGGCGCUGCGUCAGAGGGAGGAGGAGGAGAGGAUGGUGCAGAGCUCGCCCCCUAGAGGGGUAGAGGACCCUCAGGCUGUCAUUAAAUGGGAGAAAGAGAGUCAUGAAGCCACCAGAGAACUGCUGAAAGUCAAAGACAGACUCAUUGAGGUGGAGAGGAAUAAUGCAACGCUGCAGGCUGAGAAGGCUGCACUGAGGUGCCAGCUCAAACAACUGGAAACUCAAAGCUCCAACCUGCAGGCUCAGAUUGUGGCCGUGCAGCGACAGACUGCUUCUUUACAGGAGAACAAUACGACACUACAAACGCAGAACGCCAAGCUGCAGGUGGAGAACUCCACCCUUAGCUCGAAGAGUGCGGCCCUCAUGGCCCAGAACGCCCAGUUGCAGAGCCAGCAGAGCAGCGUGGAGGGCGAGCGCGAGGGGGCUCUGAAGGACAAGGAGGAGCUGAGGUCCACCUACGAGCUGCUCCUCCGCGAUCACGAGAAGCUGGCGGCGCUCCACGAGAGACAGGCAUCCGAGUAUGAAGCCCUGAUCGGAAAGCACGGGGGCCUGAAGAGCUCCCACAAGAGCCUGGAGCAGCAGCACAGGGACCUGGAGGACAGGUACAAGCAGCUCUUACAGAGGAAGGGAGACCUGGAGGAUCUGGAGAAAAAUCUGAAGGAGCAGAGGGAAAAAAUGGCGCUGGAGAAUCAAACGCACCAAUCCACAGCUGACCAGUACAAACUGCUCAAAGAAGAUAAUGAUAGGCUGAAUAAUACCUAUCGUCAGCUGGUGAAGGACAAUGAGAAUCUCCAGCUGGAUCAUAAGAGCGUGAAGAGCCAGCUGAACAGCGCCAAGCUGGACCAGACCAAGCUCGAGGCCGAGUUCUCUAAACUGAAGGAGCAGUACCAGCAGCUGGACAUCACCUCCACCAAGCUCACCAAUCAGUGUGAGUUGUUGAGCCAGCUAAAAGGAAACCUGGAGGAGGAGAAUCGCCACCUGUUGGACCAGAUCCAGACUCUGAUGUUACAGAAUCGCACUCUGCUGGAGCAGACCAUGGAGAGCAAGGACCUGUACCAUGUAGAGCAAAGACAAUACAUAGACAAGCUGAAUGAGCUGAGGAGACAGAAAGAGAAGCUGGAGGAGAAGAUCAUGGACCAGUACAAGUUCUACGACCCCUCACCUCCACGCAGGCGUGGCAACUGGAUCACUUUGAAGAUGAAGAAGUUGAUCAAGCCGAAGAGCAGAGAGAGGAUGCGCUCUCUAACGCUGACCCCCUCUCGCUCAGAGUCCGGCGACGGUUUCCUGAUGUUUCCCCAGGACAGCCAGGACAGCUCGUCCAUUGGCUCCGGCUCCAACUCGCUGGAUGACACGCUCACACAAAAGAGGAGCACUAUAAAAAGGUUGCCUUUCAUGAGGAACAGAUCCAAGGACAAAGACAAGGCCAAGGCCAUCUACCGGCGCUCCAUGUCCAUGAAUGACCUGCUGCAGACCAUGGCGGUGGCGGGCGGCCCCGGAGCUCAGUGGGCGAGCAGCAUUGAUAACCUCGACGGCGAUGAGGUCGGAGAUGCCGGCAUGGCGGGGAGCCGGGGCCGCAGCGGGCAGCGCAUGAAGGAGCUCGCCUUUUCCACCAACGCCAUCGACUGUGCCGCUCUCACCCUGCCUUCUGCCGGGCGUAGCAGGGCCAAGCACCGGCUUCAGGUCAAAGAUAUAGCCUCCUGUGAAGAUGUUGCUGGCACCAUCGAUGACCCCAAGAGUCAAGCCUGCAGACCCACCAGUCUCCAUAGCAAAAGGACCAUCAGUAGUAAUAGUAACAAUAACUCCCACCUCGCUUCUCCUCUGGAGGGCAAAGGCACGUUGAACGGCAGCCUCAGCCGGCCUCACAGUGAGAGCAGCGGAGAGUUCAGCCUGAGUUUGGACCAGGAGGUCUGGUCCAGCAGCGGCAGCAGCCCCAUCCAGCAGCCCAGCUCCUCGCGCUCCUCCCACCAGAGCCCCCUGCAGCUGCGCAGGUCGCUCGACCCGCCCACCGCCGCAGGCAGCCCCCAGGUCACGAAGAUGGGAUCCCCAGCCAAGGAGGUGCUUUCCCUGCAGCAGUUCCUGGAUGAGGGUAUUGAUCCUGCAGAGUCUGGCAGUCAGGAGAACCUCACUGUCGACUCUCCUCGCCUCUCCACCUGUUCUGAGCAUGUGCAGAAGGAACUCCCUUCCACAAAGAGCCGAGGCAUACUGCGCUCAUCCAGUGGGAAAGCAGCGCCGGUCACCUCCGACCGCCCACCGAGAGCCGCCGGACAACCGGGUCGCCCCACCCUCCGUAAGGCGGAGAGCACCCGUGUGAGAGGCUCCGUCCCGGUCCGCUCCAGCCUCUCGACGCAGAGCAAAGCCACGUCUGUGUCCGGACGCCUGGACCUGGCCUCCUCCACGCUGCCUCGGGCCAGCAGAGUCAUCUCCACCGCCGAGGGCACCACGCGCCGCACCAGCAUCCACGACCUGCUCUCCAAGGACAACCGGCAGCCGGUAUCCGUCGACAUUACUCCUCCUGCUGCCCCCAAGGCUGGGGUACGCUCCCAGCCCACACCCAGUGAGUACCACCCCAACAGCACCAACCUAAAGGGACCCCUCACCACCGCCACCCCUCUGCCCAAGUCACUCAGCUUACCUUGCCAUAGCUUGGAGGACCCCGACCUCUCCACCCUCGAGUCUUUCCUCGGCCCGUCCUUCACUGUAGAGUCGGUGUUCAUGGACUCCAUCUUUAGUGAGUCGGUGGGCAAAAACCUCCCCUUCCUGUCUCUAAACCCCACCCUUGUCAGCAACAUCAGUGGGCCUCCUGUUACAAAUAAAACAAACCCUCCUCCUAUCCCCAACACUAUUUCCACCCAAAACCAGGCUGCUCACGGCCAAUCAAAUGGCCAGAUGCAGUCCAGCCCAGCCAGCCUUAAAGAGAAUAACGAGAGCGUUGAUCCAAGCUGUGUGAAUAAUCCUGACGAGUCACUGAGCCCAGAGGACAAACAGUCCCUGUGGUACGAGUACGGGUGUGUGUGAAUGACGGGGAGGUUGUGGUUUGCUGAUCUUUCUACAAAACUCGAUGUAAAGAGGGGAAAAUGCAUGUAUUUAUUGGAGCACUAUCUCUAUGUGGUGUUUUUGUUUUGGUCUUUUCUGUUUGCCAUGGUGCCGAUUGGUGAAUUGAUAUAUUUUAUAAUUUUUUUCGUCACCUCUUGUUUUCUGCCCUGUUUUUCUCUGAGGUGGGACUUUGAUGAAUGUUCUUUCAUCCAACAGCCAUAUAACUGUUUCCUGAUCAGAUCUGUCUCUAACACUACACUAUUAUCUGCCGUUUAGGGGUCAUUCUAUCACAGUUGAGGCUGAGCAUUUCUGUUUAUAGCUUGAAUGUUAUGUUAACAGUGAGUAGAAAUAAUGGAGAUUCAGCGAACUUGUCACAAGGGUCCAUUAAAACAAAUAACAAAACAUUUUAAUGUCAGAAACAUUUGUCUCUGAUAGAGAGCAAAGCAUUGUGGGACAGAUCUCAUAGCUGCAAAGUCUUCAUUACAAAUCCAAACUAAGAUUUUUCAAUGUGUCAGAUAAUAGAUUCACUUUCCACUUUCUGUUCAUGAUGAUGUCUUGAUGGUUUAUGGGUGACUUGAGUGUUUUUUUGUUUUUUUUAUCACUGCUUUCUAACUCGUUGCAUCAUCCACUAAAUUGCAUGGCUUUGUUCUUUCCGACCCGUAACGCUCAUUUUGAUUGCUGUGAUCAAAAUGGUUGUCAUGUUUAUAUUCUUUUUGGUGUGUAUGGUUUGUUUCUGUACAUUGGACACCUUUUCUGUAUUUUGUUUUAUUUAAUAUUAUUAAUGAUGCGGAGCCUUUGCUCUGCAGGUUUUUGCUCCGGUGGGUCUUAACCGACAUCUCGGGCUGGUGACAAAAUGAUGAAGCUUCAUUCCUAAAAUAAUCUGAGGGAUGACAUAGUUGGUUAAGUGGAAGUUGGUAGUGAAGGUAACCUGGGUGAUGAUAAUAUUUUAGUUUUAGUCAGCCCUUUAUGGAGUUAUUAAAACAGGAAGUCAGAACAGUAAGAAUAGUUUUCAGCGGUCAGAUUGUUUUGUGAAUGAAGCUCACAUCAUUACUUUUGGUAUCUGGACACUUUUGUUUACUCAUUCUGACGCACCACAUAUUGAGAUCUUGUACUGAUUGUCGUAAUCAUUAAGUUAUAAUCGAAGACGAGCACUGCUUUAUGUGCCAAUGCUAGUAGAACUGUCUGCCUCUCCAUCCUUAUUUAUUUCUGCUUUUGUUCUCUGUACCUUCUGGUUUGAAGUUGCUUUAAUGUAUUUAUAUGUCUAUAUGCAGGUAUAAGGUAGAUUUCCUGUCACUGUCUACAGAUGUAACAUAAACAUUGCCUUUGUCCUACAGAUGUGGAGGGCAGAAAGUCUAAAAGCAGGAGCGGGGAGCCGCAGCAAAGCUGCUAAGCCCCGCCCCCU